AUGCUCUCCCGCCCGCCCGUCGAACCGCCAGACUCGGCUCUCUCGGACGGGGAAGACGCAGCGCUCCUCUCACGCUACGGCCGCACCGCCGGGCCCUCCGACACACCAGAGCAAUCCGAAGUAGCCUAUACAUGCCAGCUGCGGGGCGUCUACGCCUACAGCAUCGCGAGCGAGGUCUUUCCGAUCGUCACUGGCACGCUGUUGCUACCGGUCUUGCUUGAGACGUAUGCGAGGCAGAACGGGGUUUUGGCGCCUAAGAAAGUGGUCGCUUGUCCGCCCUCUGGACUGGGAGGAGCAGGGGAGGGAGACGAGGCGGCGAGGUGUGUCGUCAGGCUUGCAGGAGUGUGGUUGGAUACGGCUUCGUUCUCCUUGAUCACCUAUUCGGCGUCGGUCUUCGUCCAAGCCCUGACGGUCAUCUCCAUGGGAGGGCUCGCGGACGACCCCUGGAUGCGACAUCGACUACUCACUCUCUUCGCCGCGUCGGGCUCAAUCCUCUGCAUCCUCUUCCUCUUUCUCCCGUCGGCUUCGGCGGUUUGGCCGCUAUGCACCCUGCUCGCCCUCGGGGCAAAUGUCGCUUUCGGCGCUUCGAUCGUUUGCCUGAACUCCUACCUCCCCGAUCUCGGUCGUCGACACCCCACCGUCCUUCUUGCGCAAGCCGCCCUCCUCAACGCCCGCCAAUCUUACGCACGGCAUAGACGCGAAUCCGUCACCUCAUCCAACACCCUCCUCUCUGCUUCUCAGCACCUCGCGCGCGCAACAGACGCAUACACAACCGCGAAAGGUAAAGCUACAGGAGAGAUCAGUGCAAGGGCGAUCGCGGUUGGGUAUGGAGCGGGGAUUGCGGUGCUUGUUGCGCUGCUGCCGGUGUUGAGGUGGCUCGGCGAAGGCGAGGUGGAUGGGACGUGGCCGCUGAGAGUAGGAGUGGCGAUCAGCGGGCUGUGGUGGAUCAUCGGGACCAUUCCUGCGUCAAUCUGGCUUCGCCCAACGUCAAGCAUCGUCAAGUUGAUCAGCUCGAGCGCGAAGGCAACCUCGCUACGCAGCCAUAUCGCGCAGGGGUGGCGAGGGCUGGGCAAGAUGCUGCGGGAAUGGAGGAGGCUGCCUGCGACGUUCGUCUUCCUCGGCGCAUGGUUCAUCCUUAGCGAUUGCUUCGCCACGAUCACCUCGACGGCGAUUCUCUUUGCCAAGACGACGCUCAACCUCCCGACUUCGUCCCUUGUCCUCAUCUCCAUCCUCACGCCCCUCGCUGGACUCGUCGGUGCCCUCGCCUUCCCCAUCCUGCAACACCGCCUGCACCUGACGACACACCGGACGCUCCUCCUCCUCGUCUCGCUCGCGACCAUCAUUCCGCUCUGGGGCCUCGUCGCCCUCCGCACCUCGACGCAAAUGUACCUCCUCGCCUGCGUCUUCGGCGCCAUCUAUGGCGCCUUCCAAGCCCUCAUGCGCGCAUGCUUCUCCGAGCUCAUCCCGAGUUCGCAGAGCGCGCAGUGGUUCGGCGUGUACAGCGUCACGGACAAAGGGUCGAGCUUCCUCGGACCGCUGCUCGUCGCGUAUGUCACGCAGGUUACGGGUGACAUCCGCCACGGAUUUUGGGUCAUCCUCGUCCUCCUGCUCGCCUCGCUGCCGGUCCUCGCGAAGGUCGACAUGCGGAGAGGGUCGGAGGAUGCAGAGACUUUCGAUCGCGAGAUCAAGGCUCUCGCAGCAGACGAAGAGGUCCUCCCAGAAGAAGUAGACGACGUGUGA